AUGAGUUAUUACGGUCAUCACACUUUUCAUGGCAGAAAACUAACAGAUCAAGAGCGAACAAGGGUGUUAGAAUUUCAAGAAUCUAUUCAUUAUUCACCACGUUAUUCAGAUGAUACUCACGAAUAUAGACAUGUUAUGUUACCAAAGGCAAUGUUAAAAGUUAUACCAUCCGAUUAUUUUAAUGGAGAAACUGGUACAUUACGUUUAUUAACUGAAGAUGAAUGGCGUGGAUUAGGUAUCACCCAAUCCUUGGGUUGGGUUCAUUACGAGUGCCAUGCGCCGGAACCACAUAUUCUAUUAUUUAAAAGGCCUAUUAACUUUGAAGCUGAACUACAUGCCCAACAAGCUGCAGCUGCAGCUGCCCUACAACACCAUCAACAACAGCAACAGCAACAACAACAAUAA